GGCAGGAAGAGUCUGAGCUCUUGCGGUCACCCACUGGAGACCGCGUCGGACCUUUUCUGGAGCGUGAAUGGGUCGGAAGACCAACGUUUUCCCUGCCAUCGUAGAUGCACGAUGUGGAAACGGCCGACCACGAGUUACAGGUCACCGUUGCACCCCCAGAAGACAGCGACCUCAAGCCACUCCCUAAACCGCUGGGGUGUGCUUCUGCCUCUCAGACAGGGACGCACCCUCACUCCCCUCAAGGACUCUGGUCCUACUUGGCGUCAUCGUUACCCUAGGCAACACGCAGGCCCGGCGUUCUGUCCCUUUAAGGAAUCCUAGCGCCUCCCUGGUUGGGACAUUUUGGUUUUGCGCGCUCGCCCGCAGCGCCGGCAGAGCGACCAUGGCCCAGGCGGCGCGCAUUUCGUGGGUGCUUGGCUCUAGCCGGUGCGCCCUGACUGAGGGGCUGCUCACACGACCCUGGCAGCCACAGAGCCGGGCCGGCUUCACCAGGGUGGCCGCCGGAAGCCGGGGCGCCGCGGUCCGCAAGGGGAGCCCGCGGUUGCUGGGGGCGGCGGCGCUGGCCCUGGGCGGCGCGCUGGGGCUGUACCACACCGUGCGGUGGCACCAGCGUUCCCAGGACCUCCGCGCGGAGCGCUUGGCUGCGCAGCUGCCCCUGUCCAGCGGCCUGCAGCUGACCCUGUACCAGUACAAGACAUGUCCCUUCUGCAGCAAAGUCCGCGCCUUCCUCGACUUCCAUUCCCUGCCCUAUCAGGUGGUGGAGGUGAAUCCCGUGAGAAGGACUGAGAUCAAAUUCUCCUCCUACAGGAAGGUGCCCAUCCUGGUGGCCCAGGAAGGAGACAGCUUGCAACAGCUCAAUGACUCCUCUGUCAUCAUUAGCGCCCUCAAGACCUACCUGGUUUCUGGGCAGCCCCUGGAAGAGGUCAUCACUUAUUACCCACCCAUGAAGGCCAUGAAUGACCAGGGCAAGGAGGUGACCGAGUUCUGCAACAAGUACUGGCUCAUGCUGGACGAGAAGGAGGCCCAGCAGAUGUAUGGCGGGAAGGAAGCCAGGACGGAGGAGAUGAAGUGGCGGCAGUGGGCGGAUGACUGGCUGGUGCAUCUCAUCUCUCCCAACGUGUACCGAACACCUGCUGAGGCCUUGGCUUCCUUCGACUACAUUGUCCGUGAGGGCAAGUUUGGGGCUGUGGAGGCCGCCAUGGCCAAGUAUGUGGGCGCAGCUGCCAUGUACCUCAUCAGCAAGCGCCUCAAAAGCAGGCACCACCUGCAGGAUGAUGUACGGGUGGACCUCUAUGAAGCAGCCAACAAGUGGGUGACAGCCGUGGGCAAAGACCGGCCAUUCAUGGGGGGUCAGAAGCCUAACCUUGCUGACCUGGCAGUGUAUGGCGUGCUGCGAGUGAUGGAGGGUCUGGAGGCCUUCGAUGACCUGAUGCGACACUCACACAUCCAGCCUUGGUACCUGCGGAUGGAGCGGGCCAUUGAAGAAGCCCCGUCAGUGCAUUGUGUGCCCCCUAGCUGCAAAAACUAGUUGUUAGGGACACAAGACCUGGACCAGCCCCUGGCCGUGCUCAUAGGGGGCAGAGUCAUUUCGUCUCUCGUCCACAUAGCCCCCAGUUCUCUACUUCUGAUACGGGACAUUUCUAGGGUCCUUGACGCUGAGGACAAGGCCCAAACUGACAGCUGUUCUGUGGGUAAAGGGUCUGGGGUCUCAAAGGACUACCCUCCAACCCCAGUUCAGAGGCCUGGUCCUCUAACGGGGACUCCUUUUCAACUCUGCUAGGGCUCAGUCCCUUGUUGACAGGGAUCAGACUGGCUCCUGCCCUGUAUAAGGGGAAGGCAGUCUGUUAACAAAGCCCCGCCCACAUGCCUCCGGGUUCCAGCUCUUCCCAGGUGCCCCUGGGACUAUUGUAUUUGUAAUAAAGGAGAGGUCUGCUGCUCCCC